AGCGGGGUCCAUUUGUCGGCGACGCGCUUUAAAUGCAGAAGGUGAACCGGAACCAGCAGAACCGCAGAGUUACGCCUCUUCGGGACUUUAUGCACAUUCAGCCGAACUUUUCCACGAUUUAAUAAACUCUCCCGGCUCGGUUCGGUUCGGUCUGCACAUCUGAGGCGCUGGUGAACAGAAAAGCGACCUGGUCCGAACCGCGCGUAAAGGUGAGGACCGGGAUUCAGGAGCGGCUUUCUCUCACCUGUCAGCCUGCGGGUCGGUUCGGUUCGGUUCGGUUCGGACGUGUUUCCCGCUCAGGAUGACAGCAGCCAGGUGAACUGCAGGUGGAUGAGAUGCGACCAUGUUCUUUACGCAGCGCCUCGCUCUGCUGCUGCUCGGCGUCUCCCUCAUCCACACGGUUAAUGGGAGGUUUCCCUACUGCUGGCUGUACUGGGAGAUGGAGCGAGCCAGAGGAGAGUGUCAGACACAACUACAGCAGCAGACGCCAAGCGCUGAAGGAUGUGAAGGCGAGUGGAACAAUGUUUCUUGUUGGCACAGCGCCGCUGUCGGGGAAGUGCUGACCCUCCCGUGCCCCUCCCCCUUUCUGCUUCUGUUUGGUAAAAAUGGUAACCUAAACAGGAACUGCACAGAGAACGGCUGGUCGUCGGUUUAUCCCGACAUCGGCUCCGCCUGCUCAUCGGACAUCAGUGACGAACCCAACGAGCUGGUCUUCUACAGAGUGGUCCAGAUCCUGUCCACUCUGGGUCACAGCCUGUCGCUCGUCGCUCUGAUCACCAGCACCGCCAUCAUCUGCUCCUUCAGGAGGCUCCACUGCAUGAGGAACUACAUCCAUCUGAACCUGUUUGUGUCCUUCAUGCUGCGAGCCGUGGCCGUGCUGAUCAAAGACACGCUGCUCUUCUCAGAGGACCAGAGCACCGACUGCAGCACACAGCUGUCUCUGGUGGGUUGUAAGGCCAGCCUGGUUUUCUUCAACUAUUUCGUCAUGGCGAACUUCUUCUGGCUGCUGGUGGAGGGUCUGUACCUGCACAUGCUGCUGCUGGUCAUCCGGACCUGCUGCGUCCGCCUCUCCGUCUGCAUGCUGAUUGGUUGGGGAAUCCCUUCUGUCUUCACCGUGGCCUGGAUCGUCAGCCGGAUCAACCUGGAGGACACCAGAUGCUGGGAGAUCAACGACAACCCAGUUCCUGACCGGCUGAUCAACUGGCCCAUCAUGGCGUCCAUCAUUAUAAACUUCCUGCUGUUCAUCAGCAUCAUUCGGAUCCUGGUGCAGAAACUACGCAGCUCCGACGUCGGAGGAAACGACCAAUCACAGUACAGGCGGCUGGCCAAGUCCACCCUGCUGCUGAUCCCUCUGUUCGGAGUAAACUACGUAGUUUUCUUCUACCUGAUGGAGCCAGACGAUGAAACGCUGAAGCAGAUCAAGAUCUUCUUCGACCUCGGCCUCGGCUCCUUCCAGGGCCUCAUCGUCGCCGUCCUCUACUGCUUCCUCAACAGCGAGGUUCAGACUGAGUUGCGGAGAACAUGGAGGAGUUUAUCCACGAAUCGCUGCGUGUUGCAGGACUACAGGCUCCGCCGCUUGUCAGCAAACCUCAACAGCACUCAGUUUCCCAGAAACACCCGGGCCCAGUCCAUCCUGCAGACCGAAACCACCAUGCUCUGACCCGGGCCCAGUCCAUCCUGCAGACCAAAACCACCAUGCUCUGACCCGGGCCCAGUCCAUCCUGCAGACCGAAACCACCAUGCUCUGACCCGGGCCCAGUCCAUCCUGCAGACCGAAACCACCAUGCUCUGACCCGGGCCCAGUCCAUCCUGCAGACCGAAACCACCAUGCUCUGACCCGGGCCCAGUCCAUCCUGCAGACCGAAACCACCAUGCUCUGACCCGGGCCCAGUCCAUCCUGCAGACCAAAACCACCAUGCUCUGACCCGGGCCCAGUCCAUCCUGCAGACCGAAACCACCAUGCUCUGACCCGGGCCCAGUCCAUCCUGCAGACCGAACCACAUGUCAAUCAGAGAGAAACCGACUGAAAAUCCUGGAGGAAAAACAAAGAACGUUAUUACAGCCAGGUUUUAUAUUUUUAUAUGAUUUUUCAGGCUUAUGGCUCUUUUGAAUUUAAAUAACUGAAUAAAAAUGAUAUUCUUCAUCAUAAAAUCGACUCACUGUUUAUAAUGUUUUUAUCUGCAUCAUAUUAGACAUAAAUGUAUAAAAAUAUAAAAACUGUAAACAUCUGGACCUUUACCUUUUCUAAAAACUGUUAAUAGAAAGUCUCUUUCUGUUUCUUUUUAUUGUUUUUCAC